AUGGCUAGCAACACAUAUGGUUUCAACUUCUAUCUCUACUACCUUGUGAACUGGCCUGAAUAUUACCAAGUAGCAGAGCAUCCGAAUGGUCAAAUUAUGGGAUACAUUAUGGGAAAAGCUGAAGGUAGAGACGAAAACUGGCAUGGACAUGUUACAGCCCUUUCAGUGGCACCGGACUAUCGUCGCCUAGGACUUGGUGCUCGAAUGAUGCACACUUUGGAGCAUAUUUCAGACAUGUAG